AUGGAAGGCCGGCAACGCACUCGUAAUUGGUGUUGCAUUAGGCAACCCGCUGCACGUUUGCCGUACUAUGACAAAAAAAACUGGUUAAGGUUUUCUCAGUUCAUUCUCGAGGUGGAGCCAGCUGACCAGUUAAUGUCUGGAUCCACGCGGCGCAUCGUGUCUGGCCACAACACCUCCAUCGCCGCGGUGCCCUGGCAGGUCUCACUGCGGGAGAAGACGUACCCUAUAUGCGGAGGUUCAGUCGUCACUGAUAUCUGGUUGCUUACUGCUGCUCAUUGCCUGUUAAGAGCUCGAGCGAGUGAACUGAGCGUGCGAUUAGGCUCAUCGUGGAAGACACAUGGAGGGGAGAUGUAUGACGUCAAGGAGUGCUACGUGCACCCUCGUUACGUCAGCAAGACCAAGACUAAUGAUGUCGGCUUGGUGCGGCUGUACUCCCCACUGCGUUUCUCAUCCAGAGUACUCCCGAUAAGACUGGUAGCAAGAGAAGCCAGGCUGCCAGCUAAUGAACCUGCCAUUGUCAGCGGUUGGGGUAAACUAAAGGAAGGUGGUCCGAGUGCAACCUACCUACAGUCCUCCACAAUCAAGACUAUAGCCAUGAAGCUGUGUCGUCGUUCGGGCCUCGACAGGAAGGCCAUUGACCCCGCCUCCAUGUUCUGCGCGGGCUCCUUCAGCCAAGCAUCACCUGACGCCUGCCAGAACCAAAAAGACUUCCACACAGACUCAGGACUACAAAUUGUGAUCCGGAUAAAGUCACUGCAACAACCCUUCAGAAACUUUAUGUCGGCGAACGAGCAGACGGAUUACCUGAUGGGUGAUAGUGGGGGCCCCAUAGUGUAUGAGGGUGUUCUCAUCGGUGUGGUGUCCUGGGGACUCGGCUGUGCACGUGGAAACUUUCCAGGAGUUUACAGCCGUCUGUCCUACCCGCUCAUUUACGACUGGAUCCAUGACCACAUCACGAAGAAGUUGGAAAAUAACACCGCUUUGUAA